AUGGAUCCACGAAAAGCUAGACCACCAAACCCAACGGUCGAUCAUAACGCAUUCAAAGGAAAGAAGCCGAACAAAGUCAUUUCUGUACCUGUCGGGUUCCGCCGCUCCACUUAUGCCAGAGAACGAGAGCAGAUCGUCAGUGAUGUCAAAGUCAGCACAGGAUGCGCCGUAAUUCCACAUUGGAGUUACAGGCGGGAUCAAAACGAAAGCAUUAUCUAUCAGUUUGAUAUCUUCGGGACUGGCACAGCUCUGGAGAAAGCUGUUCGUCACAUCAAUCAGUGGAUAUCGAAAGCACAGACCAAAACAAAGGACUCGUCGGCAUGGGCAAAGACGCCGGCGUUCGACCCGAACAAGUGGUAUUACGAGCAAGUUGAUGAUUUAAAGCAAAGACACAAACAAAGCUUCAAAGAAGCACCAUCUGAAGAUGAUACUCUGGAAACCGUGGUACACUGGCCUGCCGAACUCGACGACCGUGAUAUUUCGCCUCGAGAUGCCUUUGGCAAUAAGCUAGAGUUCUUGGACACCCUCAGAACGCGCAAUGAAGUGUUCAUCACUCUCUUGGGGAACAGGAGUAGCGACUGGCAACUGAAGAUCCAGUCUCAUGACGCUGCAAACCUUGAAGUGGCUGUAGAGGAGACGAAGAAUAUGAUUGAGAAAAUAAAGACUGAGGAAAUGGGGCUCUGCUCAACCAACAUGAUUCUAGACGACAAGGAAGGCAUGGAAGUCGUUUUCAGACAACCUGAUACAUGGUGGCCGAAAAUUGAGAAUCGGACUUCACCCCGCUUUCUUCCAAGCGACAUGAUGGACCCUCCUGGUAGUUUUCGCGGACAGACACUGCGUUUAUUGGAGCUUCAAACGAUUCAGUGUUCGUUCCAGUUGGCUCUCGAGGCCGUGAGACAUAGAAAAGGCGCGUACGAUUUGGUUGUGCGUCUGGGCUGUCUAUCAGUUCGCUCAGACGAGAUCAAGAAUGAAAAGGUUGAGGUCAAAUACAGCAAGGCGACAUUUUUGAGAUCAAUCAACGGUCACCUUCCACUGGGUGUUGAGAGAUGGCUGGCCAACGAUACAUCCGGUCAACAGAUGCUGAGAUCCCUCUGCUCAUCUGACAAACUCCUCGAACCCAUCAAAUCCUCUAGCUACUCCGGCUAUAGACCUGACACACUCAAGAAGACUAGACCAACGUUCCGAGGGAUAUGGAUAUUCCGAGAUCCAAACACUUCCCCAGUUGACCUGCCGCGUGAACGCACCCGCCACUCUGGGAGACCAGCGACUUCUGGUCAAACGCCUGUGACUGUGCCACCAAAGUACGUCCUAGCCCAAGUUGACUGGAUUGAUGAUAACGAAGGUUUGUAUUGGAAGGACACGCCGCGGUUCUAUGAGCUGGACACAGGCGCCGUAGGUCCCAAGCAGCACAUGGAUAUCAAACUACUGGAACUAGGAGAGGGCCGUGGGUGGGACUUUGCACUGGAGUCCAUAAAACCUGUGUCCGCAAAGAGUAUGUCGCCCCUCCUUACUCGGUUUAUGGAGGGUGUGAGGAUGAAAUGUGGUUACAAUCCCCAGUCCGCCGACCUCUUUGCUGAAUGGGAGAAAUCACCGGCUGUCAAGAAUUACCUAGUGACUGAACGUUUGAUUGUCAUCUACUCCUUCGGAAUCAAGGAGACAUCCUACAAGGUCGAAAUCGCACGCAUCUGGCAUACGGGUCGGCAGCCAGUAUGGAGUCUUGGUGUUCGUCAUGCCGAGUGGGCAAACCGUCUUUCAGAGCUGGAGCAUCUUCCCACCGGUCGCAAGGCCAACUGGGGUAAUACCAUUACCAGUUUCCUUCCAAGUGACGGACAGUCUUCAUACAACACCGUUGACGAAGACGAGGACUUAGGCUUAAGUAACCUCGAUCUUGGUUCUGACGUUGAAGCGCCUCCUCAGGAUGGUAUCCGCAUUCUGAUAGACAAGCUGCUUCAGAUUUCGGCCGUUGUCAGCUCGGUCAGGAAAGAUGAGGGAGUUGUUGCUGUAUGA